CGGAAGAGCCGGGGGCGCCCACCUCCCCCACCAUUUCCUUGCGCGGGGGGAGGGGAGGGGACUGGAGCAUGCAAGGCGCCCACCCCUGCAAGGCAAUAGCCCCCUGGUAGCUCAAGAAGCAGAGGCGUGUGUGUAUGUGGGAGCUCAGCCCCUCCCCUCCCACAACGCCCCCCCCGCCGGGUGGCGGAGAUGCUUCGUUCCCUCCUGCUUCGUCUCCCCCCCCCUUCACCAGGGCAGAUGGUACGUUCCUCCGGCCGACAUUCAGGCUGGGGAGGGAGGGAGGCAGAUAGAGACCCUCCUUUCUUUAGCCAAGAGCGCUUAGGCUGCUGCUGCUGCUGCAACCACCUUGCUGGGGGCUCGUAGGAGAGAGAGAAAGGCGUCCCUUCCUCGCUGCUGGGCAGGCCGGGCGUGGGGCUCCCCCCCUCUUCCUCCCCUCCCCCCCUUGGGGGUGGCAUGACCCUCUUCGGCAGCCGGGAAGGGGGCUGGCGCUGUGAGUACCGCUCGUGUGUGUGUGUGUGUUUCCCCCCCUUCCAUAACCCCCGCCUCCCCCCCCCCCGGUUUGCGUACUUGGGAGCGGGGGGGGGGAGUCGCCCUCCUCCCAAAAAGGGGACUAGGAGCGGGGGCUCCACCGCCCGGAAGCAAUGAAAGAGGAAGGGGGAAGCGGGGGGGGGCGGAGAGAGAGAGAGGAGGGUGUAUCCGCUGGGUCCCCAUCAAAAGCCCCAUGCCGCCUCCUUUGAUUUCGCUGCGCAGGAGGGGCGCACGCGCGCGCCCUUCCAUUUGCUUUGCGCCUCUUGCUUGCAGAACGAAUCAGGGGGGGGGGUCGCUUCCGAAUCCUUCAGAGACAUCUUUGCUGGGCCCAACUCUGGGUGGGAAGAAAGUUGGAUGAGGAUCGACGAGAGCUCUCUCUUUAAAAAAAGAAAGAGAGAAAUUGGCAUUUUUAUUUUUAUUUUUUUGAGGCCUGCAGCGCAAGAGGUGGCUAGGGCAACUUGGAGGGGUCUCGGGGUGGGGCUUCUAUGAACCCCCCAGGCGGGGACCUGCCGUGGGAUGCACUUGGAGGCCGUUUGAGGGUAGGACGGAGAAGAGUUACUGGACCCCCCUCCCCGGCCCUUGCUCAGGAAGACCCUCGCUGGCCUCUAUGUUCAUCCUGAGACUCUGGCCUCUUAAGGUUCUAGGAAACUUUCCCUUGCCAGACCAAGAGGAAGCAUCCUUGCCCUGGGAUGAGGAAGUCGGGGACCCUCCCCACAUUUCUCUCUCUGCCCUGCAGGAAAUGGGGCUCAGGAUGCCUGGGUCCAGCAUGUCAUUUGCCCAAGGGCUCCAGCUCAAGUCCCCUGGUGCUGGGCCUUUGAUGGUGCCCUGGAAUUGGAGGUGCCCAGCCUCAGAGGUGUGGCAAAAGUCCAGUGGCAGGCAGGGAUUCUGCCUCUGUGGCUCAUGCCCAGUAGCAAAAAAUGUAAACACUUAACAUGGUGUUCUAAUUAAUUUUUCAACUUGGUUAUAGUAUUAAGAUGCAGUUGAGCAGGCAAGUCUUUUUAUUCCCUGUUGUCCUGCCAAGUAAAGGACAAUAAUGAGAUGCCGCUCUGAUUUGCCUUGUAGACAGAUUGUGUAAAUGAGUGGGGAGGCUGGAGGGAGGGGCAUCUCUUUGAUCACCCCCCCUUGCUGGGACACUGCCUCUGCUGACACCAUUAAGCUGCUUUAAUUGUUUUUAAUACUGUAUAGUUUUUAACGCUGUGACCUACUCUUAGGGUGAGUAAUAAAUAAAUUAAUAAUACCUAAUAAUAAUAAUAAUGCAUUUCAGUUCCUUGUAUCUACAGUAUAGAGACUACUCUUGUCUGUACACAAACCUGAAAAAUCUAAGCUGGUUUAUAUACCUGUGAGAUGUUCUAAGGAUCUGCCCUGCCGGAUGGGGUCAGCCUUGGACUUUGUUAGGGGGUCCCUUCUGGUGUGACAGCGGCCUCCAUUCAGCCUGACCCCUCCUGGGCUUCUGGCCUCCUCCUUGCCCUGGGGUUUCUCUCUCAUGGUCUUCCUCUUUCUCUAGAUCUCGACAUGGCCCGGGAGCCUAAACUGAGCCACGCCAGGCCAAGCCAGAAGAGGCAACACAGCGGAGGCCUGUACCCGUGAGUCUUUUGUCACCACGGAUUUGAUCCGACUGUGCAAUGUCCCGUUUACUGUGUCUAGGCAGGGAAGGGCAAUCUUUGUGGCCCUCCAGGAGUCGUUGGACUCCAGCUCCCAUCAGCCCCUGCCAGCAAGGUCAAUACUUGGGGUGAUGGGAGUUGUACCAGCUGCUUAUGACCUGGUCAUGGUGCCUGCCCCCUCGGAAAUGGCCCCGAGAAUCUCCUUCUCCAACCCAUUCACUGCCUGGGUUAAGUUCCAGGGCACCCCCUGGCAUGGAAUUCCUGGUUGCUGGUGGUGAACUAUUCAUUUUUAUUUAUUUGCACUUGUUGCCUUCGUGUUCCACCUUCCCCCGUCCCAAGAUGUUUAAGAUGGUGUACAUAGUUCUCCCCAACCUCCUUUAAUCCCCCACAACAACCCUGCGAGGUAGAUUAAGCAGAGAGGCGGUGACUGGCCCCUGAGGUCACCUGGUGAGCGUCUUAACCAAGUGGGGAUUUGAGCACUGUUGCCCUUCUCAAGCCUCUUCUGCUGGAUGCUGACAAGCUGCUGUUUAAAAUUCCCCGCAGUGACCAGACAUGGUGUUGGGACGUUGUGGGUAUUUCAAAAAAAGCCUCUGCUUGGUCUAGAGUGGCUGAUUGGCUCCAAUCAGGAGGCGUUGCUGCUGCUUUUUGCACCCAGAGUUGCUGGCAGACGGUUUUUGCCACAGCUACUCAUGCUCUGGUAACUGAAAGUUUCCAGCCACUGUUUAUCCUCUGGCCAAGAAAUGUGCUGCUUGCUAUAUUUCUGUUCCUCUUGCAACUGGACUCCAGCUGCCCUCAGAUGGAUUGCUUUUUUCCCUUCAUUAGCUCAUGGCACGCAAAGCUGGAGGCAGUGCUAGGAAGGGGGAGCAUGAAAGCCCAAGGGAUAGGUGCAGGCUUGACUACUGCACUAAGUGAUAAGUGGGGCUGCUCUUGCAAACUGUUUGGAAGCUUCCGCUGCUCCAGAAUGGGACAAUCAAAUGGUUAGCCAGAACUAAAUGCGGGAAACGUAUUUGUAGCUUUGCUUCAACUCCCAGUUUUCUCUCAGGUAGACUCCAGGGGGAGAGUUUUUUCUAUGGUAGCAUUGCGGUUGUGGAACCCACCCACCCAAAGCCACUAACCUGGCCUGGCUGCUAUUCUGCUUUCUUUUUGAGGCCACCCUGUUUCACAUGCAUGGGCUGCGUUCAGUUUCCUAUUUUCCAGGGCUGUAGCGAGAGGGACGAGCACUGUGCUCUUCUAUCGCCGUUUUGCUUCAUCUAGAUCCUCACGUGGAGGGUAUUCUGCUGCCAAGAAAACAGAUUAUAACCCUGGGAUUAGGCAGAAGGGUGGCUUGUUGGGUUUUUUUGCAUUUAUUUAUUUAUAUGGCUGGUAAUGGAAAUUGUUUGGUUGUAGCUGUUGAGAAGAGGAAGCCGUGGGGGUGGGUGGGGGGGAGGCAGUGACUGCAAGACGCUUUUCCUGUCCUCUUAGAUUCUGGUGGGAUCCGGUACUGGUUAUCCAGCCAUAAUCUCUGCCUGAUCUCCCUGUGUGAAGGAACUGUGACAUGAACAGCGUCCUCUUGUAGGUAGGUCAGAAUUGGCUCCAGGGCAAAGGCAAGACAGAACAGGAGGUUAGGGGUGCUCCCAGACAGGGAUGGAGUUGGUUUAUUAUUACUUUAGAACAAUUGUUAUCCUGCUUCAUAGCCCUGAGAGGCUCUCGGUGCAUCUUAGCACAAAAAAAUUGCGAGCGGGCUGUUGAGAUAUCUCAGAUGAGUUGCUAGCAACAGGAUUUGUUGUGAUGAUUGGAUUUCCCCUACAGAAAGGGUAAAUGGGCGGGGGAUAAGAGAUGGCGUUUUGAUGCCAACGCAGUUGUGCAGAUGCUGCAAAAAUACAUCCAAAAAACACCCGUCUGGAAGCAGACUUGGGAAACGGUUGGGUGGCCACUUACACAUUGCCAAAGCUGAGGAAGCCUAGCCCUGAAAGAAAAAGAGAGAGAGACCCCUCUGCCUGAUCUUAACAUCUGAGAGUGUCUGUAAGGAAGGAGGCAAGCUUUCAUAUAUUUGUGGCCUUAGCUGUUCAGGGUUUUAAACACCAGUGUGAGCUCCUUGAAUUGGCCAGGGAAUUGAACUGGCAUUUAUAACAGGAGUUGUGUCUGUUAUAAGCGGAACCCCAGCCAGUAAUUUUGCCACUGCAUUUUGGAUCAUUUGAAGCUUCUGAGUUGUCUUCAAGGGCAGCCCCAUGUAGAGCACCUUGUAGUAUGGCAGUCAGGAAGUUACCAGAACAUGGACUACUGUGGUCAAGGUGUCUUUGUCCAAAACCAGCAAACUGGAUGGAGCUGGUAAAAGGCACUCCUAUUUAUUUAUUUUUAUAAAUACAAUCCUAGUCAAUGAAGUCAUCCUAGCCUCCAGUGAGAAGGCCAAAUCCAGGAACACCCCCAAGCUAUUGACCUAUUCCUUCUAGGGGAGAGCAGCCCACUAGGACAGCCUAUCUCUCCAUCUCUUGGACUCAGAAAUUCAGGAUACAUAACAACUCUGUCUCUCAAUGAGUUGUUUUGAUGGAGGAGCUUUUCCAGUUAAAUGUAACUGCUAUAAAUCCUGGGAAUUGUCAUUUAACUGAGGGUGUAAAGGACAGUUUCCUAGUAAGCCCAAGCUCCUCUCGCUGAUGCUGACCCCUGUCCUGGAGCCCUUGCACAGGGUGGCUGCAAGCGGCCAUCUUAAAUUUCCCACAAUGCCACAGAGCAUCCGCCAUAAGGCUGCUUUGGGACAUGGUUGGAAAUUUUAAAAUGGUGGCCGCCUGGUACCAAUUUGCUGUGUGCUGGGUGAGACUGCUCUGGGAAGAGGUGUCCUCAAGAUGUGCCUAGGGGAAAUCAGUGGGGUCUGGAGGAGAGCAAACGUUGGAGGGGACUGAGGCGAUUCCACCCACCAACCCCCAGGAUUGUGGCCUUGCAGGCCUGUGGUCACAGGAGUAAGAACCAGCGUUGCUGAACCCACAGAUGGAAAGUUGGAAAACAAAAGGACUGAACAAAGCCUCCCAAAAUAACUUGGAGGGGCAAACAAUAGCUGCUACGCAACAGCUUUCCCCAAAUUCCUGGCUUCGGCUUCCCUUGUGGCUGCCAAUGUGCCGUCUCACCGUGCCUUUAAAAGGAGGGGUGUUGCUAUUGCCGGCCGGCGUGAGCCAUUCUUCAAUCCUUCUGAAACCCUAUAGCUCCCUUUGUCCUGCAGCCCAGAGGAAUAGGCCCGGGAGCUGAGCACCCUCCCUGGUUCGCAGGCCUUCUCCUCCUCCACCAUUUGGCCCCUGCCUGGGUUUGGCACUGGCUGAGUUCCAGGAUCUGCCCCGUUGCAUACAAAGAGCCUGUGAAAGAGGAGAGGAGCGACCACAGGAAAGCAAUAGGUUUUAUUAUGGCCUGAGCCUUCGCAGGCCUUCAUCAGGCAUCCUUCAUCACUCAGGUUCUUGCCCACCAGAGCUCAGGCCAUCCGAAGUGCCUCUUAUGUAUGAUACACACUUUCCUGCCCUUUCUUCGACGCUCUUCCGGAAAUCUGGUCUGCUGGAGCCAGAGGGAAAAGGGCUGUGAUGCAGAAAGAAAACCCCAUGCCAUAAGCCAGGGUCUGUGUAUUCUCCCUAAAGAUAACGACACACCCAUUCUGGGCAUUCUGUGGCCUGUGCGAAAUUAGCCGUGCAAAUGUGCUGGUUUAUUUUGUGCAAGUUCUUACGAUUCUGCUAGUUAUGGGGAAGGGACGACCAGCCGCCCCUUUUACCGGUGGCAGUCUUGCUGGUUCUGCUCUGGAAUUUUUUGGGGGUUCCUUGUAAAACAAUUUUUAAAAUAUUAUUUUAAUCUGCAAAACAUGGGUCAAGUAACAGCAACCAGAGGACAGCAGUGUUUGAGACUUGCAGGGCUGGCUGUACAAUAAGAUGACCACCAAGGCACCCCAGGAGAACUCCCAUUACCUGCCCCAUUCUUCAGUGAGCAGUCUCAGAAUAAAAUAAUGGUGGCCGCAACUGGCUGUUGACAUUCCCCUAGGCAUUUUUUUUUUUUAGACCUCUGUAUGUGUAGAAUCAUAGGAUAGAUAGUGUCCUUUUGCCACAUCGGGCAUGUAGUUGCAGAAUUCUUUAAUAAUAAUAAUAAUAAUAAUUUAUACCCCACCCAUCUGGGCAGUUUCCAGCCCAUAUAAAAACAUAACAAAACAUCAAACAUUAAAAGCUUCCUGAUACAGGGCUGCCUUCAGAUGUCUUUUAAAAGUUGUGUAGCUCUUUAUCUCCUUGACAUCUGAAGGGAGGGCAUUCCACAGGGAGGGCACCACUGCCGAGAAGGCCCUCUGCCUGGUUCCCUGUAACUUCGCUUCUUGCGGUGAGGUGGAAUGAUGGCUGUCCUAUUCGCCUCGUGUGGUUGGGCCAAAGGGUGGAGAGGGGGCUCCACCCCCCUGCCACCUUCCAGAGCCAGUUUGGUCAAUGCCAGAGCCCUUGCUUUAGCAGAUGGACAAGCCAUCACCCCUGGGACAUGGUCGCUGCUAUGGCAGGGAGAUUUCACUGUGGCAUUUCCCGAGUGGACAGGCAGAGAAAAGCUGCACAGAACAAUCUCCUGGCAUCGAGGCAGCCACUACAGAGAUUGACGGUGCAGAUGCACAGCGAGGGGGAGGCUUCCGAGAGGAAGCAGAGCUGAAAAUUUUUUCAAUUAUUCUGCAAAACAUUCCCGCCGAUGUCUGGCAACUUGGCUCCCACGCACUCCCGUGUGGGAUGGCAAUCACUUUCUGGCUCUGUAGAUAGAAUUUGACACACGCACACACACUCCUGAAUGCCAGAGAGAGUUGGAAAUAAGGGGUUCUCACCCACACCCGCCCCCUUGAUUCUGGACCCUCUUCCUGGAUCAAAUGAGCGGAUUUGUGCAGGCUUUCCACUUGGGCAAAGUCUCUUGCGUGGGAGAAGCUGGGCAGGAAUGCUGGGCCAAGAUGAGGGCAGGGAAAUGGAAGAUUCCCACUCCGUCCAGGGGGGACGGGGACGGCCUAGCUGGUUUCCCGGGAAACGAAGCCACAGCCAUACACCGUUCAGGACUCAUGUGCCUUUUAAUAGUCGCGUCGGGAAGAGGGAAUGUUGGCAGGUGCAGCUUGCAAUGUAGUGCAGAGAAAAACCACACACACACCCUGUUAAAAAAAUGUCAUGUGGGAGAUGAAAGGGCCCAGAGCCCCCCGCUUUGGGUUGGGCCAGAUCAGCCCAUAGGGGCUUUGCCGCAGCGUUCCUUCCCUGUUCUUUUGCUUGUUCAUGUGGCAUGCGAUUUAUUACAGGCGCAUCAGCGCCUUCCUUCAGGGGAGGCGUUCCUGCUGACAGCCUUUCCCCCUCCGCCCCUUUCCAUUUGGACCUGAAGGGGAGGCAGCUGGCACACAGAAACCACCAUCCGUGAAAUGUAAAAUCAAGAAUCUCUGAUGGAAGAUCAGCAGGGGGUGGAGGGUGGGGGUCCGGGCUGAUUCUUCCACUCCGGAUAGAGUGAGUUUAUCCCUGAAAGAAGCCUUGACCCAAUCUCACUCCCCACACUUUGGCCAAAGGGCAGGCCGGGUAAUGUCAAACUACAACUUCCAUCAGCGGUCAGGGGGUUUGGGAGCUGGAGCCUACCCUCAGGGGUGGGGGACGGGGACCGCCUUGUCUUCCCUGGUUAGGGGUCCUGGAGGAUGUUCUUGCCCCUUCCAGUGUCUGGAAGAGGCUCCUGGGCCUGUUUACUCCCCAGGCCUGCAGAGCUCAUAGCCAAAAGGGAGGUGCUGGGUGCUUAAGGUUGCCCUACCUUCAACUUCCAUUUUAAAAAGAAAAGAAAACUCCCCUGGUUCUUUUACUUGUGGGAACAGAAGGAAAAUCCUGCAGGCCGGAUUCUACUGGGAUAAAAGGAGUAAACCAGCCCAUACCUUCCAGCGACCACAAAUGCUCUGGGGAAAAAAGGAUAAGUGGCAGGCACUCGCUUUCAAGUGGCAUAAAUAUACGUUUUAAUAUAGAAUAUAAUUACGUAACAUUUGACAGAUUGCAAUAACUGUUUAGGAUCUGGUUGUUUUGCUUUCAUUCCUCGCCCCCCCCCCCCACCUUCUGGCUACCUCCUCCAGUGCUCAAAUUAUUGGAGAAAAGGCAGAGUGGCUUAAAGAAAUCUGCAAACUCAACCCCCUCUCCCACCCCGAUCCCUCCAGUUUUAGCCAGAUCAUGGCUCCCGCAGUAUUCCUCUGGAACAGUAGCUGAGGGAGCAGCCAAAAGGGACAGAAUCAUAGGAUUGUACAGUUGGAAGGGACCCCCAAGGCUCAUCUAGUCCAACCCCCAAUCACAACAGAAGUCCGGGGGGGGGGGUUGCUGGCACCCCUGUAACUAAAGCAUUACUAACCUUUCUCCUCUUUAGUCUCAGGUGCACCAGGGCCAGUAUAAACUGGAAAAUGAAUAUACACUUGAAUGCCUAAAAUCUGCACAGGGGAGCUUGCACCAUGCAUGAUUUGGCAUGCUAAAUAUGCUACUGCAUAUACACUCCUGUCAUGCUGACUAGUUACAAAACCCUGAUUUACUUCCCGUUUUGCAGCCUUUAUUCAAGCCAAAGCAUCAGAGGAGUCGAUAGGGCUGCCUCCUUGAGAUGCGUGUGGUGACACAAGUCUUGUUUCCAACAAAAAUUGUCGCAAGGCACCUUGCUGACAGCAGAAAGGCAUUGUAGAGAUGGAGGGGCAGCGUGAUACAGUGGUUAGAGUGGGGUGGUGGUGGGGUGUCUGGCCCUUCAGACAGCACAGGAACUCUCAACUCCCAUCAUUUUUAGCUAUUGGCCUUGUUGGCUGGGGCUGAUAAGAGCUGGAGCCCAGGGAUAUCUGCCCCCCCCAGGCUCCCCAUCUCUGGGCCAGGAGUGGAGGAAAUAAAAGGCAUAACACUAGGGGAAAAUGUUUAUAAAAUCAGGGUAUUUACAGAUGAUAUGAUUGUGAUGGUGGAAAAUCCAAUUAAUAGUACAAAGAAACUUUUAGAGAAAAUGGAAGAAUUUGGAAAAGUGGCAGGCUUUAGAUUAAAUAAAGAAAAUACGAAAAUGAUGGUUAAAAAUAUGGAUAAUCAGAGCAAAAAGGAUUUAGAAGAAGCAACCGGAUUUCAAAGAGUGAAAAAAGCAAAAUACUUGGGGAUUUACUUAACAAUGAAAAAUACAAAGGCAAUUUUCCAUGGUGCAGCGGAGGAUGUUGGGAAGCAUGAAAUGGCGCCAAAUUACCUUUUCUUCUCUUGUCUGCAGCAGCACCUGCGACCUGGACUAUGAGCUCUAUAAAGAGGAUUUGCCCUACAGGUGUGUUUUGGGGCUUUGCUCUCCCUCCCUCAUUUGGCCUGCCCAUCAGCAUAACAAGUGGGAGUGGGUUUCCCCCACCAUAUCCUUGGACCUCAGCAACCCCACCCCGCCCGCCCGCAUUUGAGCGGUGGUUUCAAGGGGAUUCUGCAACUGACCCUCUUGCUCUCGUUUCCUGCAGGGUCUACGAGUACCAGAAGAUUCCCCCGCUCAUCAGUCACAUCCCGGUCAAGGCCAGGAGAAGCCAUUUGGGGGCCGGGGGCAAGGCCAGCUUGGGUCCCCACGCGGGGCUGAGGGGCAGCAGCGGCUCCACGGCGGGCCGAACAAAGUGUAAGCGCUUUGGGGCAGAGAGGGCCUGGUGUCCCAGGUGCCAGGGGCACUCUUUCAGCAUUUAGCGUCGUCAGGGAACAAGCCUGUCAAGAAUGUUUGCAGUCCGGGCUCUCUGAGGGACGGAAAAGCAGUCUGUUUGGAUGUGACUAAAACCCCACACUGGCGAGCACCUGGGUGGCCUGUGGGCUAGGAAGUGGGUCUAAAAGGGAGCAAAGCUGAAGAGCAGGGAGUCUCAUUGAAGGGUGUAAAGCAGGCAGUGAACUGGGAAACAGUAGUCAGGGAGAUGGGGAACGAAAGGAAUUUCAUGUGUUGUUUUGCACUCAGCAGCCAGUCUUUGGGGUACAGGUUCUAUUGUUUUGUUUCCAUUUAUCUCGUCCUGAUGUGUUUCUCGCAGAAACAUGUUUACUAUAUUGGCCUGAAUAUAAGCCACACUUUUCCCCCAAAUUCCGACCAUGAAAAGUUAAAGUGUGGCUUAAAUUCGCAACCUUACAAAAAUCGACUUUUACGAGACAAGUGAGGCAAGAUGGCGGGCGCCACUAUAGCGCGUAGCUCCUAGGACCACCAGCACAAGGCACAAUUUUAAGGGAGCAGCUUAUAUUCGGGUAUUGUCUCCCCCCCCCCCGAAUUUUAAAGAAGCGGCUUAUUUGUGGGUGCGGCUUAUAUUUGGGCCAAUACGGUACUUCGUUUGGGCUCUGAGUUCAAAAAACAGCAACACUUCAUAUGCACCUUUGUAUCCAUGCAUGUGCCCUUUUGAUUUGUAAAUAUGAGGUCCUUGCCCACCACAGCUUCCAUGAGCUAAGGAGAGCAGCCAGCUGACUGCAGUUUUGAUCCACGCACUUGGACACAACUUGUAGCCUCCCCCCACAGCCUCUCAGUGACAGAACCAGUGAACAGCUGUGUGAAACCCUCCCUACCCGCGUAGGUUUCUGCUCACGCUGUCUUUCCCUUCCAGUGCGAGCAGAGGAGCUGCACUCCAUCAAGGGAGAGCUAAGCCAGAUUAAAGCCCAGGUGGACAGCUUGCUGGAGAGCCUCGACCGGAUGGACCAGCGACGGGAGCAGCCCACAGGUGAGGAGGCGCGUGAGAGUCGAGGAGCUGUGAGGAUGAACAACAUUUUGUUGCAGGUCUUUGGCACAAGCACACGUGCACACAAAGCAAAGAUCAGAUUUUCUGGUCACAAAACUGACCAGAAAUUCUAAAUCCUAGCUUCCUUGUCUAUAGCAGGUUUGUGGGCUGGAGCAUCAUUAGGAUUUCUGCCUGCCUGUAAACUCAUUGAGGUGCAGGAUCUGGCCCAGUAGAGCAGGAUGCACCUGCCUUGUGGCAUCAUCAUCAGCAUCAUUAAUAAUAAUAAUAAUAAUAAUAAUAAUAAUAAUAAUAAAUUUUAUUAUUUAUACCCCAGCGACUCUAGGCAGCUCCCAACAGAAUAUUAAAAUACAAUAACCUACUAAACAUUAAAAGCUUCCCUAAAGAGGGCUGCCUUCAGAUGUCUUCUAAAAGUCUGGUAGUUGUUUUUCUCUUUGACAUCUGGUGGGAGGGCGUUCCACAGGGCGGGUGCCACUACCGAGAAGGCCCUUUCCCUGGUUGCCUGUAACUUGGCUUCUCGCAGCGAGGGAACCUCCAGAAGGCCCUCAGCACUGGACCUCACUGUCCGGGCUGAACGAUGGGGGUGGAGAUGCUCCUUCAGGUAUACUGGACCGAGGCCGUUUAGGGCUUUUAAGGUCAGCACCAACACUUUGAAUUGUGCUCGGAGCAUAGCAAACCUAGGCUCAGUGCCUAGGUGGGAGACUGCCUGGGAGCACCACAAACGGCACCCGGCGCCAGGAAAAAGGUGGUGGGGAAAAGUGUGAUGAAUGGGUAAGGUGGUGUAAGGUUGCCUGCUUUGUCUGAUCCCUCAGGCUCCAAGGAGGUCAAGAAGAAAGCAGCCGCCAGCACAGAGGCCUCCUACUCAGCAGGAGAGACCACCCGGAGGAAGGAGAGCCCCGUGCAGGAUGGCCGGGCUGCUCUGCCGGAGGUGGACAGUGCAGAGGAGAGCACAGACACCGAAGAGGCGGUGAGUGGCAGCGCCGAGGGCGGAAUAGCAAGAAGGGGAGCAACCGUGAGGCUGCAGUCUCUCCCUCCCUCCUCAGUGGAAAUUCAGGAACGCAAUGCGGUUUUUUUGGUGAAACCAUACGCAUACAGUACUGCAUUUUCUUGCUACAACAUUGCAAGCCGCACCUGUCCAGAGCGUCAAUGGUCAAGGUGAUACAUUAUGCAGAAAAAGCUACCGGGGUCUCUCAGGAUUGUCUAUUGCAAGAGCCCUCUGAGCCUUCCCCCUCUGCCUUUCUGUGCAAAGCAAGGCUGCACCAUUUCCUAAGCUUUUCUGCCUUGCCUGCACUUGAGCCAUUAAGCAAGGGCUGUCGUUUUGCAUCUCAUUAUGCGCCCCAAGACACACACACACACACACCUUGCAAGCUCUGGGGCAGGAGAACUGCUAGGAGCUCUCUCAGGCUAUUAGAAGUCCACUAACUCCACAAGUUGCACAAAGGUCAGGUCACGGCCAUCAUCAAAUGUUGAAUAUUUGAAUGAUUUUGGUGUGAUCAAUGUUGUGUUUGUCAUGUGACUAGGAGGGACUGUGCCUAUCAUAGAGGCAAGAUGGCCAGAGGGACAUGGGGAGGGGAAGACUUGUAGAGCAAACACCAGGGGCCCAAAUUCUUCAGAGGAGUUUAGCAACCAUUCCCGCUUUUCUCAGGGAACUCUGGGAAUUGUAGCUCCCCGAGAUGAAUAGGUGGUGCCUCCUAUUGACUCUCAGCACCCUUCUCAAACUGCAGUUCCCAGGAUUAUUUGGUGGGGGGAGCUGUGCCCGUCUAAAGUACUUAGACUCUGCUUUAAAUAUGCAGCGCAGAUUGGGCUGAGGAUUCAACAGAGAAAAUGCCGAGUUAUGCCUCAGGGACGAGGCUGACAAAGCCUCUUCUUUCAUUGCAGGCAAGGAAUCACACGUUGGACCUGGAAGGCAGCCAGUAAGAGGACCUGGAGUGCCCCCAACCCCUUUGCCCGGCGUUUCCUUCCUGUGUUUUGUAUUCCUUCCGAUGCCUCUGGCCGGUGCUGCGUCUGGCGUCAGUUCCCUGCCGUCAGGGCUGGUGCAGAGGCCGAGAAGCCCACCAUGGUCUUCCUCGCACCUUUUUCUGGCCUGGCAGAGAGAGACUCCUGUGGCGCGUUCGAGGGAGAAGCAGCCUGGUGUUCUUUGUUGUGAAAAUUAAAAUAUGCCAAUGUGGGAGACGGGUGGGCAAAGCAGGCAGUGCCAACUUCGCACUUGCCCAGAUCAGCAUUAAACAAAAAAUAAAGCAGUUGCCAUCUCCUACUGAUAAUGAUGUGUUGCUUGCUGUCCUGUCUUAGCUACAGAUUUACCAUGUGCCAGACCAGAUUGAUUGCUGCCUUUUAUCAUUUCUGAGCCUGACGUGUCUGCUCAGAAGUACCGGUACAUCCCAUGAGCUUCAGUG